UGCUAAAUUGCAGUUGUGACUUAGUGUUACGUUUUCCUUUUAGGAAAAAAGACUGUAGGAGACUUUCCCCGCCACAACUGGCUAAUCAUUUAUGGAUUAUUGUUAGGUCUCAAUUACACUGUUUUCAUCAUGUUUACUCCAUCAAUAUACCACUUUGUAACUGCAGCUAAGGAUUCUUCUGAAGAAUCAGAGAAAAAUGGCUCAAAUACACUCUGGCCAGGAUUGAAUGGCACUGAAAGAGACUAUGCUUUAGUAUCAGUGUCGUUCGCAUUGUUUGAAACUAUUCUUUUCCCCUUACCAAUGCUGAUGAUGGAUUCACUUCCAUUCACUCUUCUUAUGCUACUAACAUUUUCCCUGUUCACUGUUGCUGGGGUGGUGUACGGAUGUGCCACUCAUAUAUGGAUGGUCUUUGUUGCACGUGGUCUAAUGGGUGCUGCGGCUCUUUUUGCAUCUUCAAUUAUUUAUACCUAUACUGGAGAAAUUGGUUCUAUUAUGGAUAUGGAGCGACUAAAGAUGAGAAAAAAGCCAAUGAAGGGCACCUUGUACUUGGCAAUCACAUUCACCACUCAUGGAUACCACAUCAUUAACCCUCGGCGCGCAUGCGCAGCGAGGGUUACGGUAGUUGGGUUUGUCUGUCUGUCUGUCUGUCUGUCUGUGUGUGUGUGUGUGUGUGUGUCUGUCUGUUACUCGUCAUCUCACUUCUCGAGUGUUCGUUCGUCUCACAAAGGAUACCACCUAGUGAACGGGCAAUGAAGGUCAGAAAAUAUGUGGGGUUUUCUCUGAAACUGCUCCGUUGCAGAGCUAGAGCGCGAAAAAGCUAAUAUGCAAAUAGACAACGGACGGGACGGCUUACCACGGUCUGAUCGAUCCGCGUGCUCUGCGUACCUCAGAGGCACCAGAAGAUGCAACGCAGGGCGUGUAUCGCCUCUCGCAUGCUAUCUAGUAGUGUAGUUAGCCCGCGUCAGACUCUGCGCGAGCUGGGAAGAGACCACGAGUAACAGCUAAAACU